GCUGAACCGUACAUUGUGCAUAGAUCAAAGCGUGAAAUGAGACUGAAAGUAAUGAGUUUCUGGUAUGUUUGCUUAAAAUGUCACACUAGGUCAGACACGCUAAUCAACAAAAAUCGCGUACCGCGUUAUUUUGGCUUGCUUGCGUGGGCAUCCAAGUCUCUGACUCAAUCUUAUUCACAGCCCAUCUUUCGGACCCGCAACCAGGUCUCGUGAUGCCACACACUCAACAGAUUCACGCUGGCGACCCUGCGUAUGCUUCUCCUGUAAUUCGUCCUCCUUCUCCUGCAAGUUCUGUGGGAACCGCAUACGGACCUGAUGACACGUCUCUAUCUGACUCAGGAUUGAGUCAGGAUGUUUUCGAGCGAAAGGCGAUCGCCAACCUUCGACUUGAUGAGCCGAAACAUGAUGAAGUUCAUAACUUGAAAGAUCCCUUGAUUAUUUGUCCUAGCGAUCCGCAAGAACAGAAGCUGCUGUUUGAAGAAAUAUUGUGUGGCUUUCGACAGCGUGUUCAACAGUUGGAGGAGGAUGAAAUAUUCCAGCAAGCAGUCACAAACGGUUCUCAAAUUGGAAAGGAGCAACUGCCUUCAGCUGACAACGUGGAGAACUUGAUACAGAACAUGAUGGGCACCUCAAUAGGAAACGAGGCAAGCCACGUACAAGAUGGUCCUUGGAAUAGGCGCAACACUGCUCAUGCAACUUCCACUUCUAGCAGCAUGAGGACCGCGGCCGGGAAAGGCCGACCAGGGCAAUACUGACUCAUCGUGACCGUUUCCACCCUAUUCUAUGAACCUGCUCACACAAUGUACUAGA